AUGCGAUCCAAGGUUUUACUGUUGGCCAUUGGCCUUCUUGUUGCCGACUCUGCGCUUGCCAGUCCUUGCAAGCCCAGGUCCUCCACUUCGGAGACUGCUAUUUCAACGUCGGUCGGUUCUACGACGCAGCCCACUUCGACUGUCGAGGAAACACCUACAGUCGCAUCAUCUGAAACAUCCACCGAGACUGGUGCUAUUACCACGACCGCCCCUGAGACAACCGCAACCUCGGAAGCCGAGACAACAACUGCUGUUCAAGUUACUACUACAACGGCUGAAGCUGAGACAACAACCGCUGUGGAAUCUACCACUACGACAGCCGAGGCUGAGAGCACGACCACCACCGCCGUGGCAACCCCAACAUUCACCAUUGUUGGCGGCGGUGGCGCUAUACAAGGCGCGCCCCUCAAAGGCGUCGACCAAGAUGGUAGCGUCCUUCUAUUCAACCCUCAAACUGGAACCAGCCGUACCAGAACGAUCAUCCUCGACCCCGACACCGGCCGACUGCGGGAUAAAGAUACGGGAGUUCAGAUAUGCGCAUACUACGGCUCUGCAAACACGAUCUCUGACCCUGCCUACUUUGCAUUCUGCCAGAAUGGUAACACUGGGCCCAACAUGGCCUACGAUUACAUGACCUGCCAAAUCGUCAGCGGCAAGCUCUCUUGUACUGCGCCCCAAGCUGCGUGCCCAACAGAUGACGACGGCAUGCCCCUAGGCUGCACCACUGUGGAUGGCCAGGUGAAUAAUGAGUUUUACUACAAGACCCAGACGGGCGCUGGUACCUACUUGUUUAUAUCCAGUGGCAGCCCGAAUGGCUAUACCCCUGUCGACGUCAUUGCCCAGGAAGCAUGA